AUGGGGUAUGUUAAUAUUAAGGAGUUAUGGUAUGCAAUAGAGAAUGCCAUGUAUAAGUUGGAGGAUGACAAAAGUGCAAUAAAUAUGAUGCACAUUGCCAAACACUAUGGCCAGGUUCAUAUGUUUGUUGUGCAUGGUAUAUCUGAAGCAGAAGUUGUGGAAAAUGACUUAGAGGAUCGACAGGGUUUGCUUUGUGGGGCUGAGUUAGAGAGUGGAGAGGACAGUCACAUAAAUGCGAAGGUACAGGAGGUUGAGAAGGAGGUACAUGAGGUUGAGGAGGAGGUCCAAAAGGAGGUUGAGGCGGAGGUUGAAAAUGAGGUUGAGGAGGAGGUUAAUGAGGAGGUUCAUGAGGAGGUUAAUAUGGAGGUUGAGGAGGAGGUUCAUGAGGUUCAGGUUGAAGUGCAGAUGGGGGGUGAUGGUUUAAGUGAAUGGAGUGUGGAGGUGAAUAAUCAGCAAGAGUCUAACCAGGUGGAACAUAUUGAAAAAGAGAAUGAAAGUGAGGAAGAGGAAUACAGUGACAGUGAGGAAGAUGGUAAUUAUGUAAUUUCGGAUAGAGAGACAACAGGAGAUGAAUGGCAAUCAGAUGACCUCCUUAGUCUUAAUGAAAGUGAUGAUGAAGGUUGUGUUGAUGAAAGUUCAGGUGAUGAAGGGGGCAGCUGUGGUCCUUUUGGGACAUUUGUCAUGCCCAAUUCCAUGGCUGACUAUAGGUGGGAUGUGGGCACAAAUUUCAUAGAUAAGGAACAUUUCCAAGAAGCCAUAAUAACUUAUGCAGUUCAUUCUGGUAGAAACAUAAGAUGGGUUAAAAAUGAUAAACAAAGAGUGAGGGUGAAAUGUAUGGGGGCACAAGGAAAAUGUGAAUGGUCCGCAUCUGCUGCAUAUAUUCCAUUACGCAAGACAUGGCAACUAAGAAAAGUGGUUGAUAGGCAUAACUGUUCUAGGGAGUUUAAACUUAAGAUUAUGAGUGCAAAAUGGCUGCGUAAGAAGGUAGAGAAAUCUUUGAUAGAAAAUCCUAAAUUCAAGAUUAAGGAUGUGCGAGAAAAAGGGUUGAGGAAGUGGAAUACAAGUAUUUCAGUGACUAUGGCUCGUAGGGCAAAAUCCUUAGCUUCAGACCAAGUGGAAGGGUCAUUCAAAGAACAGUUUCGAAGAAUACAUGAUUAUGCUUAUGAAAUUUUGAGAUGCAAUCCAGGUAGCACAGUCAAAGUUAAAGUGGAUGAAAUGCAAGUGGCCAGGGAUGCUAACGACCAUAUGCUUCCUCUAGCAUACGCCAUUGUGGAGGUAGAGAACAAAGAGACUUGGAAAUGGUUUUUGGAAAUCCUAGUGGAUGAUCUAGGAGGACCUGAAGUCUGUGGGGGCAUGUACAUUUAUGUCAGAUCAACAAAAGGGUUUGUUGCCUGCAAUUCAGGAGUUAUUACCUGGUGCAGAGCAACGAUUUUGGUAAUGAGAGAUAUAAAAAAGGAGAAUAAGGAUGCUUUCAAGUACCUCAUUGCUAUACCACCUAGGUUUUGGUCCAGAUCAAGAUUCACUAGGAAUGCUGUCACUGACAUAGUAGUAAAUAACAUGACAGAGGCAUUUAACAGUGUGCUUGUUGAUGCUAGAAGCAAGCAUGUUAUCUCAAUGUUGGAAGACAUACGAAUAUACAUGAUGAAGAGAUGGCAAUCUAAAAGACAAAAGCUGGAAAAAAUGGAAGGGCAAAUCUGUCCUAAAAUUAACAGCAAACUACAAGAAGAAUCCAAAAAAACUAGAUAUUGGAUCCCAAGUUGUGCUGGGGGGAAAGUAUUUGAAGUUGCACACCUAUCAGUGGUAGGUGACAAGUAUGUUGUAAACCUAGACACCCAAGAUUGCAGCUGCAGGAAGUGGAUGAUAACUGGCAUCCCGUGCUGCCAUGCACUUGCUGCCAUCAGGUUCUUGAACUUGAAUGCAGAAGAUUAUAUCCCCCUAUGUUUCAGGAAAUCAAGUUUUGAAGAGAUGUACAACUCCAUUAUCUACCCUAUCAAUGGACAAAACAUGUGGCCCACCACUGAUUUCCCAGAUGUCAUGCCUCCACAUAAAAGGAUUAUGCCUGGGCGACCCAAGAAAAAGAGAAGGUUGGAACAAUGGGAGUUGAGGAAAGAUGACAUAACUGCAGCUUCCCCACAAUCACAAAUAGGUCUUAAAGCUUGGGUGCGAGAAGAGGGAACACUACGCUGCACGCAGUUAUUACAGUAUGAAGAAGAUGAUUGGGUCCGAGACAUAGCUGCAACAAAGCUUCAACGUUCCAACCAUGAGCAAGAGAAAGAUAAGGAAGUAGCGACUUCUCAGGGUGAAAUCAAAGCUUUAAGGGCAAUUGAGGCUCUCAAGGACAAGGCCAUAUAA